AUAUAGAACUAAUUUUAACCAAACAAUAAUAUUGUUUAAACUAUUUAUCUACAUUAUUUCCUAGCUUAUUUUAUUUUUGUUUUAAUAAAUUUUAUUUACGGUUUGUUAGAUGUAUCAAUUUUCAAUUCUGAUUAAUACCGAUGACUCCAAUUAAGUAAUUAUACCAGCAAUCCUUUGUGAUGUUUUUAAAAGUAUAAAUAGUAAUAUUUGUGUGGAGAAAUAUCCGGUUUAAUGAUAGGAAUGAUAUAUUAAGUCCAAUUAGAAACAAACAUUUCUGAUGUUGUUAUAUUUUCGUUUACAGCUGAACCAGCAAAACUGAAAGGAUGUCAUCAAUUGGAACUUUAUUUUUCAUGCUGUUGGCCAGUUUGUCAUUCCAACGUAACAGCAACCCAACAGCACAAUCGAGCAACAAUAACAACAACAACAACCUAUCAACGCAACCAACAACAAUGACGUCAUGGUCAUCAUCAACAACAGACCAGCUGACAGAAGCCGACAACAUCACGAGUUACAAGUGUCCCAUCACAUUCGCUGACAACGUCACUGGUGACAUCUUGCGACAGCAAUUCAAAAUGAACACGUCUGGCGGUAUAGUUUACAUGGUGUACUUCAAGUUAAGGUACCAGAAUUUUGACGGAAACACUGCCGUCUUCAACAUUUCUGGUCCGGACACGUUCGCCCCGGAUUUGUGGGCAUGGGUUGCUGGGAAAGGAAAAAAUUUGCUCAGACUUCCGCUAGAUCAUAAAAUUUUAUCGCUAGGUUUGUUAACGAUCCAGUCAGCUGAUAUGGAAGUAAAAUUUAGUUACGAAACGUACAGUUGUUUCAAAAGCAUUCCAUAUGCGAGCACGAAGCACAUAAUUGGGAAGUUCAUCAGUGAGAAUGUAACAUCGAACGGCACUUCUAUAAACGCGGACACAGAAGGUCCGGUCAUCUGCCGAAGUGUGUACGCUUUCUAUCACGUGUUCUACGGAUUGAAAGGGGUUGGGUUUGACUGCUGUAUGCCCGGGAAGGUGUUGUACACGUGUGAGCAGGGGUACAGCGAUGCCUUCGAAAUAGUUUGGUACGGUCCGAUAGCUUUGAUGGGUUUAAUUUAUAUAAUUGGCAUUGUGCACUUUUAUAAGCUGUACAAGAAAAAUUUCAAUCAAGUCGAAGUGAGAAAGCUGUCUGGAUUGAAGAAAACAGUGGACGAAAUAAAGCAUGAUAUCGUCAACAGGAUCGUUGUGAACACUGAAAAGUGGGCUAGAAUUCAAUGCCCAGAGGCUCUGAUUGCUCUCAGAGAACGCUGUGGAAUCUUGGAAGUGCUCGGAGUAGGCAAAUCUGAGCAUGCUAAAAUCAUUUCUUUCUGUAGGAUUAUGUUUUCUAUAUUUUUAUUUCUCGCUUAUUAUGGUAUAUGGGGUAUAUUUUUGAGAGUUUAUUACGAUCUGCUAAAAGAUGUUUACCCGCAUUUUAAAGAUUCCGAAACAGUUUUUCUAAACAUAAUUGGUCACAUUGGAUGGGUGUUCUGCCCUAAGAAGUUGGGGAUAUAUUCGUACGCAAUAUUCGAGGUGGUCUACACAGCCGUCGUUCCAUUUCUAGCUUUAUACAUUUAUCUAACUAUACGUGCGAAAAAGUUAAUUGUUGAUGAACGCUCAAAGAAAUGUUGCUUCAAGUACCUGCUCUUCUGUGAUUCCACGUGCGGUCGAGGGAUACAGUUUUUAUUCAUCGUGCUGCUUUUAAUUCAUUUCGUGAUGCUUGGUGGAGUCUUCCUGACGUACGUGGUCUACCUCGUUGCACUGGGGGUCUUCGCCAACAUCGACGUCGUCUCACCCUGGGUCAUCCCGAUCACCGUCUGCUUCCACUUAUUCUCAACAUCCUUCGACCCAGCCUACGCGAAGUACAAGCAUUUUAAAGAUUCGUUAUUUUGUAUCUGCUUCGAAGAGUUCAAGACUCUAAUCAUCAAGCAAAAUAAAGAAAUAUUUCUGCCGCGAGAUCUCAUUGAAGAUUUUUACAUACCAAACUCGAGGAAUCUCAUUUAUUCGUGUUUCUUAAGAAUAUUCUGGAUACUGACCUUCAUGUUUUUAUUAGUUCUAGUCGUAUUAACCCUACAAUAUCCGUACAACACGAAGCUCAACUCCUUAGUGCCAUUCCUUGGUGUUCAAGUCGUCUUCGUGCUACCGUACCUGACGAAAUUCAUGUACGUCAGUCAGACGUCAUCACCGCUGGAAGAUACAGUACUGAAGCGAGACUUGCGCGAUUAUAUAAGUCAGUACAUCAAACAGCGUCCAGAACUGAAAGACCCACAUCCUGAAAACGGUUCAGUGACUGAGCUGCUGAAAAGCUCCUCAAGCGAUAACCUCAACGACAAUAAUAAGAACCAUAUGAAUGAAAUAAGCGAGGUGAACAGAGAUAAUGACGAACUCGAAAUGAACGUCAACCCUAAUGAUUUCAUCGCUGCCGCUAAUGAAUUAAAGCGCCAUAGAGUUAUCUGAACGUUUUUAUGUAAAAAUUUGAUUUUAUAUAAUUUAAAUUAACAAUUUUACCAUCUAGUAACUUUACAAAUCGAAACGAAAGAUCAAAGUAUUUUUAAACGUGUUUAUUUACUCAUUAACAAUUAUUACUGAAAUAUAUCAGAUCUCUACAUGCACGUGUAUAUUAUUUGAAUCACGUAAACUGUUUUUACUAUACCAGUUUAAUAAAAUUUUUAGAUAUGCUUUUAAAAUUUGGAAAAUAAAAAACAAUUGUGAUAAA